CGAUUCGAGAAACCGACCCAAACCAAUAUAUAUUUUUUAGCAACAAUAAUUUUUGUGCGUAAUGUAGUUUACAUGAAAUCCUUAUAUAGGGUUAGGAACACGAUCGACUCCUCUUUCCCUCCACUAGUGACUGGGCAACUGGGGAACAAGGUGCAAGAGUAGCGCGACCUAAGAACAGAACAAGCAGCAGUCUACACAACGGUCUAUCGGUUGUUAUCGAAAUGGGUCACAAUAAGUCUAGGAAGUUCAAAAAUCAUCACGCACAAGGUCAAUCUAGCCGGACAAAUCAACUAAAUCGUGAAGACGAAUCUCUCCCUGCUGAUCCAGAAACUGAAGAAGAGUCAAGUAUGGUGGUAUCCAAAAUUCAGCUAGCCAUGUGGGAUUUUGGUCAAUGUGAUGUUAAAAGGUGUACAGGGCGCAAAUUAGCUAGAUUUGGCCUGUUGAAAGAGUUGCGAGUAGGAAAUGGUUUUGGAGGCAUUGCAUUAAGUCCUGUUGGACAACAGUGCAUCUCAAGGGAAGAUUCAGAGCUGAUAAAAAGGAAAGGUUUAGCAGUUGUGGAUUGUUCUUGGGCACGAUUGGAUGAUGUCCCUUUUACAAAGCUAAAAUGUGCUGCUCCUCGUUUAUUACCAUGGUUGGUGGCUGCAAAUCCAGUAAAUUAUGGUCGACCCUGUGAGCUAUCUUGUGUUGAGGCUUUAUCUGCAGGUUUAAUUAUAUGUGGUGAGGUAGAAAAUGGGGAGUUGUUGCUAAGCAAGUUCAAGUGGGGUCAUUCUUUCUUGUCCCUCAACAGGGAACUUCUGAAGGCAUAUUCCAAAUGUGAGAAUAGUGCUGAGAUUAUUAACGUGCAAAAUUCAUGGCUAUCUGAGCAAAGUUCAAAAAUUCCCAAGGCUGUGCCAAAGGAAGAAGUGGUAGGUGAUGAAGUCCAUAGUGAAGAUGAAGGAUCGGAUGAUGGACUUCCACCUCUCGAACGAAAUGUGAACCAUAUUACUUUGGAUGAAAGUGAUACUGAAAAUUUCCAUGAUAAUAGCUACAUUCCUAGUGGAUGUAACCUGUCGUUUAUUAUGGAACCAACUACAAAGAUUUUAGUUAAUCGGUUGUCUCAUGUUGUCGUGUGGGACCUACUAAAUCAGUGUUAUUCUUCCGAGGAUUCGUCUGGUCGACCACCAUUGUUCAGGUGUGGAAAAAUGGGAGAAAAGUCUGAUACUAAAACGGUGUCUUCACCAUAUGUUGUCCUUGAAAAUCGACCCCUUGAUCAAUGGAAAGUAACUGAAUUAAAAGAGGAACUUAAGAAACGGAAACUAAUGACAAAGGGAUUGAAAGAAGACCUGGUUAAAAGGUUGGAUGAAGCAGUUCGUUCUGAAAUAGAUGAUGCUAAGAGAAACCUUGAGGAUGACCUAAACAAUGCGGUUCACACUGAUGAUGCAACAGCUGUCCCAGUUGUUACAGAGGAUACCACUGAUGCCUUGGAUAACACCAUGGGCAAGAAUGAGGACUUAGAGAAAGAUGUUAAGGAGUUGAAUAAGGAAAAAGAUGGUAACGAGGGUUUAGAGAAAGAUAAUGUGGGAUUAGAUAAGGAAAAAGAUAGUAAUACAAGUGUUCAGAUGGAAAUGGAUAUGGUUCAGGCUGAUGAUGGUUUAGCUGAAAAAAUGGUUACAGAAGGUGAAGAAGGUGGCAUUGUGUCUACACAAGUGGAAUCUUUUCAGGUAGUUGAAGAGAUUUCAGUAACAACAACCACCAAAACCACUGUUUUGGUCUCUGAGGGCACUGUAGAUGAAGGGUUUGAUGUGAAAGAAUCACAGGUGGUUGGAAACAAUGGGGAUUCAAAGGCUGAAUCUCAAUCACCUAAAGAAGAACAAGCUGAGGUCAGCAACCAGGUAACUGAGGUCAGCCAAGUAAUCUCUGAUUCUAUUUCUGUUGAUACUACUAUCUCCAAUUCUGAAAAGAAUGAACUAAAGGAUAAUGUAAUUGCUGAUGAUGUGAAAUCAGAGGUAGAUGUUAAGCCUGAAAUGGUCUUAGAUGAUAGCAAAUCAGAACCAGUUGACAUUGAUAAUGAUAAUGUAAUUGCUGCUGAUGUCAAGUCAGAGCAAGUUAUUGAACUUAAAGAGGUGAAAAUGUCAACCAAUGUUGUUGUAUCAGUUGAAGAAGUUGAUGAACCACUUAAGGACAAAAUCACUGAUGAAAGUGUUGAUAUUUGCAAGAAAAGUGAUAGUGGGGAUGUGGGCUCUUCAGAGAAGUUGAAUUUAGACAGAAGUUCUGGUGAUGAUUCAAUGGAGGAAGAUGUUCAAGAAAGCAAACAGAUUGACUCAAAGUUUACUCCUAAUGAAGUGGGAGAUAUCAGUGGGAAAAUUGAAGUAAAAGAAGAUGAUUCUGUUGAUGUUAUGGUUGUAGAUGACAAGAAUUCUGCUCCUGUUGAAGAUGUAACAUCAUCGAAAAGAAAACCACAGAUAUUAGCAGAAAACAGUGAAGUAGUAAAGAGGCAACGAAGAUGGAAUUCUGAACAACAGUUAACUAAUAAUCAUUCUGCUGUUACUUCUCCUAAAGAUACAAUUCAGACUCCAGUUAAACGUGUAUUUUCAAGAUCUGAGUCUAAAAUUGAUCAAGAAUUACCCAAAGAACGUAUUGUUCCACCUUCAUCAAAGACUCCAACUAAUUCUCUUCGAAUUGAUAAUUUUUUGCGCCCUUUUACUUUAAAAGCUGUGCAAGAACUUCUUGGGAAAACAGGGACAGUUGUCAGUUUCUGGAUGGAUCAUAUCAAAACCCAUUGUUAUGUUACAUAUGCAUCUGCAGAAGAAGCAAUAGAAACUCGAAAUGCUGUAUGCAACCUACAGUGGCCAGUGAAUGGUGGACGCCUUCUGAUGGCCGAUUUUGUGGAUCCACAAGAGGUUAAGAAUCGGGUCGACCCACCACCACCACCACCUCCAGCCACCACCAUGCAACCACCGCAGCCCUCUCCUCGACUGCACGUUCAGAAACAACAACAGCAGCAGCAGCUUCCUCCUCCACCAGCUCUAGCCGCCAUGCAGCCGCCACAUCCCUCCCCUCGACUACAUGUUCAGAAACAACCACAGCAGCUUCCUCCGCCACCGGUAAGGGAGGUUGCCGCCCUUCCUCCGCCACCAGCAGCACCAGUUGAUCCUCCGAUUGUUACAUUGGAUGAUCUGUUUAGGAAGACAAGAGCCACCCCUCGUAUCUACUACCUACCGCUUUCCGACGAACAAGUGGCGGCAAAGAUGAAGGGGAAAGCAGGCGUAAAGGAGUAGGGGAGGAAUGAAGCUCCUUCUGAAUGUGUUUGGAUAUGAUGGAUUGGAUAUGUAGCUAGCUUAUUUUAGAAGAAUGAAAACAACAAUGUAAGAUGAUAAUGGUAGAGUAGUAGAGUAUCAUCAUAUAAUCCACAUGUUUGCAGGUCUGCAGGUGUUACUUGCUUUUGCGUUUAGGAAGGAACUGCUCCAGUCCAGCAAUGCAAUGGUGGGCCAGGAGGAGCUGCUGAUUCAUUGGUUGGUUGACCGGUCAAUGGAUUUUUUUGUUUUGGUGUUUGUUUUGUUUCUGUGACUUUGAGUGAGCAGCCAGCCCAUUUUGAUCACAACACAGUCAUGUCAUAUGGAUCAAUCGAUACUUGCUUUGGGCUUUAGACCAAAUUCUGAUGCUUUGGUUGUGUUUUUACUUUUUACAUCCUACUUGACAAAAACUAAUUGUGUUGGUUUAUGCUUGUUUGCUUCAUUUUCAUUAUGAUACUUGAUGAUGAUCUGAUCUUCCCAUUAUAUGUUGAAUUCCAUGACAUCUUCACAAAAUCUUG